AUGCCUCUCGGCGCUGGAGGGCGACGCGAUGGCGAGACCACGGCUUUGACUGCAACGGGUGCGGCCGUCUCUGCAGUACCCAAAAAUAGCCCUUCCAACCGUUUUGUUAAACGUUACCGAACCGAAAUCGCAGCCAGCUCUUCCAGCGCAUUCUCUACCCUCGCCGCUUUCCCACUCGACAGCGUCAAGACGCGCAUGCAGACCUACCACUACAAUGGAUUCCUCGACUGUGUUCGCAAAACAUAUCAUGCUGAGAAGCUUGGCGGCUUCUUUCGAGGCGUCACAGCACCGAUGGCAAGUAUAACGCUUGUCCGCACCGUCUCCUUUUCGAUCUACCAACGUGCCAAAUACUCUUAUUCAGCUUGGGUCAAGCGGAACUUCGGCUUUGAUAUCAUUGGCCAUGUUAAUCGCCCUGGCACCUAUCCGAAUCUCUACUCGGUUGCAUGCUUUGGCGCUGCCGGUGCGACCGCUGGCUCUUGUAUAACCUUUCUCGCCUGUCCUUUCGAGCUCACCAAGCUCAGUGCGCAGGUCUCUGUACUGCUCGCUGAACGCGGCUCGACCAAUAAAGGUAGUCACGCUGUGGCAGCUAGCUACCAAAAUAAGGGCACCUUGCGGACAAUGGCGAAUAUCAUAAGACACCGAGGUGUUUUUGGUCUGUAUACUGGCCUGAAGCUUCAUCUCCUUCGUGACACAUUAGGCACUGCUAUCUAUUUUAUGGUGUAUGAAAGCGGGAAACAAAUUGGAAACACAUUGGCUGGCGAUCAUCCCAACAGUAACAAAGUGGCUGUUGUUGCCGCUGGUGGCAUGUGUGGUUUAGUAUCGUGGGCAAUGAUCUACCCGAUCGAUUCGGCCAAGAGCAUUUACCAGAGAAACUCAUUACUCUAUUCCAAGGGGGAAAAGGUCGAACCAGCGCCAAAGAUCGAAUUCUUCAGGCGUCACAUGUACCGUGGCCUAGGAGUUUCUAUGAGCCGGUCAUGCGUUGUGAACGCCAUAUUUUUCUCUUCAUUUGAGUUUGUCAAGAAGCACAUUCAUCAAAUGGACGAUGAGAAUUAA